GUGAAGUCUGAGUAAUGUACCCACCUAAAAGAAAUGAAUGAACGGACUCAGGAAGAAUUAAGAGAGUUAGCCAAUAAAUAUAAUGGAGCAAUUAAUGAGAUUAAAGAUUUAUCUGAUAAAUUAAAGGUGGCAGAAGGAAAACAAGAAGAAAUCCAACAGAAAGGACAAGCUGAGAAGAAAGAACUGCAACAUAAAAUAGAUGAAAUGGAAGAAAAAGAACAGGAGCUCCAGGCCAAAAUAGAAGCUUUACAUGCUGAUAAUGAUUUCACCAAUGAAAGGCUCACAGCUUUACAAGAGAAGCUGAUCGUCGAGGGGCAUCUAACCAAAGUGGUAGAAGAAACAAAGCUUUCAAAAGAAAACCAGGCAAGAGCACAGGAAUCAGACUUAUCAGAUACUCUGAGUCCAAGCAAGGAAAAGAGCAGUAAGGACACAACGGAUGCCCAGAUGGAUGAGCAAGAUCUAAAUGAACCUCUUGCUAAAGUGUCUCUACUAAAAGAUGACUUACAGGGGGCACAGUCAGAAAUUGAGGCAAAACAAGAAAUUCAGCAUCUUCGCAAGGAAUUGAUUGAAGCUCAGGAGCUAUCUAGAACAAGUAAACAAAAAUGCUUUGAAAUUCAAGCUCUUUUGGAUGAAGAAAGAAAAGCCUAUGGAAAUCAAGUUGAGGAAUCCGCUAACCAAAUACAGGUUCUUCACGCCCAACUGCAGAGGUUACACAUCGAUAUUGAGAAUCUCCAAGAGGAGAAGGAUGGCGAAAUCACAAGCACUAGAGAUGAAUUGCUGAGUGCACAAGAUGAAAUUUUGCUCCUUCAUCAAGCAGCAGCAAAGGCUGCCUCUGACAGAGACAAUAACAUUGUUUCUUUACAAGAAGAGCUUAAGAAGGUGCAAAAUGAACUUGAGCAGUGGCAGAAAGCAGCAUCUGAAUAUGAGAAAGAAAUCGCCAGUCUGCAAAACAGUUUUCAAGUCAAAUGUCAACAGUGUGAGGACCAGCGGAGAGAGGAAGCCACAAAGUUGCAAGGUGAACUAGAGAAGCUGAGAGAGGAAUGGAAUGUAUUGGAAACCGAAUGCCAUUCUCUAAAAGAGCAAAAUGUUUUGCUGUCAUCAGAACUGCAGCGUCAAGAAAAAGAAUUGCACAAUUCUCAAAAGCAGAGUUUAGAGCUCACAAGUGAUCUCAGCAUCCUUCAGAUGACCAGGAAAGAGCUUGAGAACCAAGUGGGAUCCUUGAAAGAACAACAUCUUCGAGACUCGGCUGAUUUAAAGACUCUCUGUAAGGCUGAAAACCAAGCAAAGGAUGUACAGAAAGAGUAUGAAAAGACACAGACUGUACUCUCAGAACUGAAGUUGAAGUUUGAAAUGACUGAGCAGGAAAAGCAAUCAAUCACAGAUGAGCUCAAACAAUGUAAAGACAACCUGAAGCUGCUCCGAGAGAAAGGAAAUAAUCCUUCCAUAUUACAACCCAUCCCAGCCGUAUUCAUCGGCCUAUUCCUGGCUUUCCUGUUUUGGUGUUUCGGUCCAUUGUGGUAGAGAAAGAAACCCUGGCCCUGGAUGCCCAUGUUGGCUGCCCUGGUUGCGGUGACAGCCAUCGUGCUGUAUGUGCCAGGUCUGGUCAGAGCUUCUCCGUGAGAGUGUUUCUUGAGUCUGUACACCGCCAUUCCUCUAGAAGCUGGCAUCACACUCAUGCUGGAGACAAACAGAACCAUUUUCUUCCUUUUUACCUCUUAAAUCAGCAAAGUGCAAGAAUAAAGCUAUAGGGUCAUUGCUUUAAAUUAUAUAAAGUGUAUCUGUCUAUAGAGAGGAUAUAAAAGUGUGACUUUAUUCUACUGAAAGCAAUAAUUUGCUUGCAAUUUUUCAUGUAAUUUUUAAAUUAGUAUGUUGAGAUUCUGAAUAUUAUGGUGGCCUAAAGUAGGCUUCUUGGUACACCAAAUUAUUUAUACCAUUAAAUUUUGGGUAUUUUACUCUGA